AUGAAUAGUCAAUAUAUACGUCACGAAGUGCGAGGAUGUGAAACUAGCAACCUGAGAAACUUCUGGGAAAAGACAAUUGAACAACAAACUCGGUAUCUGCAAGUUGAAAGAGAACGUCAGCAAAGAAGUGCUCUGACAAAGCUCAGAAACGAAUGGAUGGAGAGGCUCGAAAAACGGAUAAAGAUGUUGAGGACCCAACCUGAAGACGCAUCUAUUUGA